AUGAAUUCUCCAAAACAUCCAAGCGUCUCGGAAUGAGCUUCAGAAAGCUAUAGCCAGACAGAAAAUGGGAAAAAAUCUGGGAGAUUAAGACGUCCCAACUUCUCCUCUGAGAUCGUCCGUUUGCUAAACCAAUGGAUCCAAGAUAAUCCUGAGUAUCCGUAUCCAAACCCAAAGGAAAUCGAAAUCCUUUGAAGCCAGACAGGGCUCACUGAGAAGCAGCUCAAGGUCUGGUUCACUAACACACGGAAGAGAAAACUUAAAAUAACUCGUGAAGCCUUCAGGAUGAAGCAGAACACCUUCAUCCGAAGUCAGGUAGAAAGCAAUGAGCCUGUUUUGUUGAAAUAAAGCUCCUGUGCCUACCUUUGACCAAGAAGUGCAGACAGACCCUAUUGUUCAAGGAGACUUAGGGAGCUAUCAACAAGAUGAAUGUAAGGAAAUGUGGCCAAGAGAGAAGAGGCUCCAGUCACCACAAAAAUUCAUUAAGAAUGUCAUCUUCGUUGCUGAAGUGGUUGACCUCAACGAAAUGUGACUAUGAGACGAAACAUUUGCUCAAUAUCUUGCUGAGCUUGGACACUGAGAUUGCUCAAGUUCUUAGUCAGGCUUAAACUUUGGAUGAAUAAAGCAUCUAGUAGUACACGGACCUAAUUCCUCUCUAAUUUCUUGAUUCAUACAAC